AUGGCAAAACUCCUCGAUAGGCUGAACUUGGCGGGCUGUAACCUCGUUGGGGCCUGUCCAAGUGCCGCACAGGCGCAGUGCUCAAAAGCGCCCUGUGACAAGUGGUAUCAGAGCGAGGUUUGCUUGAUUGGAGGAAAGAUGUCCGAUCCAAGCGAGGUGAUUGCUGGGGGAGUUGCUCCAAUGGUGGAGGAGCAAGGCGGCUGUAAAAGGAAAGGAAGGGGCAAAUCGAGGGAGCCUACACGAGCUAGGGAGGAGCUCGGAGAUUUGGAGACCCGUCUUGCGAAGGUGGAGCUAGUCUUGAUCGAGGAGGAGGAGAAGUUCGAGGAAGUGGACACCCGCAUAGAGGAACUCGGUUCUGGGAUGGAAGAGUUCCGAGAGGAGAUGCAAGGUGCCCUCGACUCCGCUGUCGAUAAACUAGCAAGUGAGAUGGGGUCACUUAGGCACGCCCAUUCCGAGGAGAAUGCUGCAAUGAAAGAGGAGAACCAUUUCCUAAGGGCGGAAAUGGACAAGAUGAUGGGGAGGAUGAAGGAGCUCGAGGAGCAACUGGCAUUGUUGCGCUCCGUGGUAGUCCAAGGUGGGAUGGCCGCCACACCAUCCACUUCAGGAGCUCCUAUGGCACGAGUGGAGGUGCCAAAGCCCCAAUCGUUCAGGGGGACGCGAAAUGCGAAGGAGAUUGACAAUUUCCUAUGGAGCUUGGAGCAAUACUUCAAGGCCCUAGGAAUUGUGGAAGAUGUGAGGAAGAUAGAUCAUGCCCCACUAUAUUUGGCUGACACCGCCAUGGUUUGGUGGCGAAGAAGGGAAGCUGACAUCGAGAAGGGCACUUGCACAUUAGAGACGUGGGACGAUUUCAAGAGAGAAUUGAAGAAGCAAUUCUACCCUGUGAAUGCUGCUCAUGAGGCACGAGCAAGGCUAAGGAGGCUCACUCAACGGGGGACGAUUCGAGACUAUGUGAAGGAGUUCACCGAGGUAAUUCUCGAAAUCCCUGGCUAUCCUGAUAGUGAAGCACUCUUUGCUUUCAUGGAUGGGUUGCAACAUUGGGCAAGGCUCGAGAUUGAAAGACGUGGAGCCCAAGAUCUAGCCACUGCCAUUUCUAUUGCCGAGUCCUUGACUGAAUAUCAGAAAGGGGACAAAGGCAAGGGAGUAGAGCAAGUAAAGACUAAGGGCGGUGGCGACACCCAUGAAAGCAAGGAGGGAGGUGUUAAACCGUGGAGAUCCAAGGAAGGAUUCACCAAGGGAUGGAGGAGGCCAGAAGGUGAAAGGGAGAAGCCUCUACCGAAGUGCUUCUUGUGCGAUGGACCGCAUAUGGUGAGAGAGUGUCCAAAGCGCAAGGUCUUGUCUUCCUUAGUGGAGGAAAAGGAAGCAAGCAAGCAGCAAAGGGAGAACAUGUGCGUGGGUGCCUUACAACUAGCUGCCAUCGAUGUCAAGCCUAAGGAGGUGGCAAGUGAGCGCAAGGGACGCUUAUUUGCUCCAAUGGAGAUAAAGGGGCAGUCCAUUCAUGCUUUGGUGGACACUGGGGCUUCACACAACUUCAUGAAGCUCGAUGUGGCGAAGAAGCUUGGAGUUCCUUUUGAUGGUAAUGAGGGUUGGUUGAAGGUUGUGAACUCUUUUCCAACCCCGACAUAUGGAGUCGCAAGGAAUGUCCAAGUGAGGAUAGGUGAGUGGACUGGAACUUUGGACUUCUACAUUAUUGAUUUGGAUGAUCAUUGUUGUGUGCUAGGGAUGGAUUUUAUGGAUAAGGUGAAGGCAGUUCUUCUCCCCUAUGCCAAUGAUAUGUGCUUAGCCGAUGGGAAUACCUUGAAGGCCAUAAACUUGGCAAGAGGGAAGAGUGCCACUAGCACACUUUCUAGUCUACAAGUAAUAAGUCCAAAGGAAUUGCCCAAGGAGUCAUUGCCACCGAGGAAAAGUGAAGGGCAUGAUGACAAGAAAAAGAGGGUAAGGAUGACUGUCGACGCGAUGGGUCCAAAGUCUUCCUUGUUGAGGCGCAUCAAGGAGGCAACGAUGCGUGAUGGGCAAGCCAAACAAUUGGUGAAGCUGGCUCGCGACGGUGUAACAAGGAAGUUCGUGGUUGAUGAGGGGCUCAUUAAAACAAGGCGUGGCAGCAUCUUUGUGCCUAGAUGGGGCAAGUUGCGGGAAGAGGUCAUGAGGUGGUGUCAUGACUUCAUGAUUCGUGGCCGUCCAAGUGUAAGGAAGAUGAUGGCAAUGCUUGGACGUGAGUUCUUUUGGCAUCACAUGGUGGUGGAUGUCAAAUGGUUUGUGAAGACUUGUGUGGGGAAUCAUAGAGUGGAUGGUGAUUCUCCAAGGGAGGUAAAAUCUGAGGGACGUUCUCCAUCUGCACCAUGGGAGAGUAGACUGUGGAGGUCUAAGGUGCGACAUCGUGGAGACGCGACGAGGGCGUCGCGAGAAUAG